AUGGGCAAACUGACUCGGGCCACUGGGGUCCGCGAGGAGAAUGGGAGGGAUAAAUACUUUUGUGAAGUGCAGUUAUACGGACUCAGCCCGCCCGUGUACCCAACCCCUGAGGGCCAAGGAACAAGCUCCCCAGAAUGGACAGCAGCAUAUACCAAAGCCCGAGCAUUCAUCGCCCAACUCACAUUUGACGAAAAAUUGAACCUGACCAGAGGAUUCACCGGUAGUUGCGUAGGCAACACAGGAUCCGUCCCUCGUCUCGGCUUCAAAGGUCUCUAUUUCGAGGAUGCACCAGCUGGGAUCCGUGGGCCGGAUUUUGUGUCUGCGUUUCCGGCUGGAUCGCAUCUGGCGCAGACGUGGGAUAGGGAGUAUAUGUAUGCGUACGGAAAAGCACUCGGAGAAGAGUAUUAUGGGAAAGGUGUCAAUGUGGCGCUUGGCCCUGUUGGUGGACCGCUUGGUAGAGUUGCGAGAGCGGGGAGGAAUUGGGAGGGGCCGGGUCCAGAUCCGUACGUGACUGGUGUGCAGAUGGAGGAAGUUGUGAAGGGGAUGCAAGGUGCUGGUGUGAUUGCUUGCUCGAAGCACUUUCUUUUCAACGAACAAGAAUACCGUCGGCUUCCUAACGAACUCGGAGAGUCCAUGUCUUCCAACGUUGAUGACUUGACUCUUCAUGAACUGUAUGCAUGGCCAUUCAUGAACGCAUUGAAAGCCGGUACCGGUGCAGUGAUGUGCUCAUACCAACGAGCCAAUAAUUCGUACUCUUGUCAGAACUCCAAACUUCUCAAUGGCAUCUUGAAGACAGAAUUCGGGUUUGAAGGAUUCGUCGUCAGCGACUGGCAAGCACAACAAUCAGGAGUCAGUACUGCCAAUGCAGGGCUCGACAUAGUCAUGCCAGAUGGUGGAUUCUGGGGUAAAAAUCUGAGUGAAGCUGUUACCAAUGGUUCGGUCUCCAUUGAACGACUAAACGACAUGGUGACUCGAACAAUGGCCUCAUUCUACUUCCUCAAUCAGAACGACAGCUAUCCCGAGGCACAGAUAUUCUCGCCAACAGUACAGCACCCGAUACUAGACGUUCGAAGCGACCAUGAUAAAGUCAUCCGUGAGAUUGGAGCAGCCGGACAUGUUCUAGUCAAGAAUGUCAACAAGACGCUGCCACUCAAGAAACCUCGAUAUGUCAGUAUCUUCGGUUACGAUGCAGAGGUCAAGGCCGUACCAUGGACAAAUCCUCUUCGAUAUGGCGGUGGGUAUGAGGUGAACUUUGGCUGGAAUACCUUCAAUGGCACCUUGAUCGUUGGUGGCGGUUCAGGUAGCAACACGCCUCCAUAUGUCAUCUCACCCUUCAAAGCAAUUCAAGACCGAGUCAUUGCCGAUCGUGAAGCGAAUUCCGAGGUUUGCCUUGUGUUCAUCAACGCUUACGCAUCCGAAUCUUUCGACCGCACAUCGUUGUCCGACAAGUUUUCAGACAAUCUCGUUCUCAACGUUGCUGGACAAUGCUCGAACACUGUGGUCGUUCUCCAUUCAGCCGGCCCAAGAGUCGUCGAUGCUUGGAUUGAGCAUGAGAAUGUGACUGCAGUCAUCUUCGGUGGUCUUCCAGGCCAAGAAUCAGGCCAUGCUCUUGUGGAUGUCCUAUAUGGAGACGUAAAUCCUAGUGGUAAGCUGGUCCACACAAUCGCGAAGAAAGACGAAGAUUAUGGUGAUCUUCUGAACUCGACCAUCGACUUCUCAGCUUUUCCGCAGCAAAACUUCAGUGAAGGUGUUUACAUUGACUACCGAGCCUUUGAUCGGAAUGCCAUCGAGCCACGCUUUGAAUUUGGAUACGGGCUUUCGUAUACCGAGUUUGCGUAUUCGAAUCUCACCAUCGUCAAGACUGGUGCUAAUACUGCUGAAUAUCCGUCUGCAGAUGUCUCCAUUGUCCAAGGAGGCCACCCAGAGCUCUGGGACAUUCUGUUCAAUGUUACAGCAGCCAUCACCAACAUUGGAGACGUUGCAGGUGCUGAAAUUGCACAAUUGUACCUUGGAGUACCAGGCGCUCCCAUUCGUCAAUUGAGAGGCUUCGACAAAGUUAUGGUGCAGCGAAAUUCAACAGCGCAUGUCAUAUUUCCAUUGACUCGUAGAGAUCUGAGUGUUUGGGACGUGGUAGCACAGAAAUGGAGACUUCAGACAGCAGAGUAUAACAUUACUGUGGGGGCCAGUAGUAGAGAUCUGAGAUUGAACGCUACUUUGCAACUAUAG